UGUUCUCUGCUGGAUUAUUGCUCCCUGCAGGAUUUGUUAGGUGUGGGCCGAGCGUUACAGGUGGACCGGAGACGCACGGAACCUGAAACAAUCGGAACCGAGUCAGUCCGCGAGGAGUUUCCAUGUAGAUCCCGGCAGCUGGAACACUUGAACCCUGAAAAUGAAGUCCUCCGGCAUCCCCCAGCACUAGCCGGGCAGCAUGGCUCCUGCUCCUCCUUCCAGAGAGGACACCAGCAGCUCAUUAGCUCUGCGCUGGAGGCUGACGCCGACAUAGAUACCCAUCAACUUCUAACUGAACCAAUUCAGGCCCGAGUCCUGGUCACACAUCUAAAUCAGCUGCUGACAGGAUCCAUCCAGACUCGGGUUUUUUCAACCAUGCGCUACCUGUGAUUUUUGGGCGUCAGAGCUGGACGCUGCGGCUCCUCUGCGCGUCGACUGACCCCGGACCCCGAGCCAUGUCUCUUCUCUUAACUCUGAGCAUCGUCUGUGGGUUGAUGCUCCAGCAUUAUUUCAGUCUGCUCAGCGCUCAGUACUGCGUCCCACGGAAGACCGUCAACUACCAGAAUCACCUGAAUCUAUUUAGAGAAGACGGGGUCUUCAAUUACUCAACUAUGCUGAUCAGAGACGACCUGGGUGUGGUGCUGCUGGGGGCGAGAGAGGCCAUCUACGCUCUGGAUAUCAACAACAUCUCAGACCAAAAGGCCGCGGUGUAUUGGCGAGUCACCGAGGAGAAGCAGAGGGAGUGCACAUACAAGGGAAAACACGCAGAGGUGGAAUGCCGCAACUACAUACGAACGCUGCACAGAGUGAACGACACCACACUGUACGUUUGCGGCACAAACGCCUUUUCUCCAGUGUGCGAUUAUAUGACGUUUGCGAAUGGCCAGCUGACCCUGAAGGGAAAGCAGGAGGAGGGAAAAGGGAAGUGUCCUUUUGAUCCCUUUCAGAGAUACUCCUCCCUCAUGGUCGGAACUGAGCUGUACUCCGCUACAUCUAUCAACUUUCUGGGCUCUGAGCCUGUGUUUCUGCGCAGCUCCAACUUGGCUCUUCGCACCGAGUUUAAGAGCUCCUGGCUCAGUGAGCCCAACUUUGUCUACAUGGACUUCUUGGAGGAGAGCGUCGGCAGUCCCGAUGGGGACGACGACAAGGUGUACUUGUUCUUCAGCGAGAACGCCAUGGAGUACGACUUCUACAGAAAAGUAGCGGUGUCCAGAGUGGCCCGCGUCUGCAAGGGAGAUAUGGGCGGCCAGCGGACGCUGCAGAGGAAAUGGACCUCGUUCCUGAAAGCCCGUCUGGAUUGUUCCUUCCCUGAACCCAGCUUGCCUCCCAUUGUCCAGGACGUCUUCCUGCUAAGGCACAAGGACUGGAGGAAGAGCGUCUUCUACGCCGUCUUCACACCUCAGUCGAGCUUGUCUCAGAUCUCUGCGGUGUGUGCCUUCACCGUUGCUUCGAUUCGAGAAAUUUUCAAUGAGGGAAAGUUUAAGACAUCUGUUGCCGUGGAGACGUCCCAUGUGAAAUGGGUGAUGUACUCGGGGGAGGUGCCGGAGCCCAGACCGGGAGCGUGCAUCAACAAUAUGGAUCGUAAAAAGGGGAUGAAUCGCUCCCUGGACUUACCGGAUAAAACCCUCCAGUUCAUCAGAGACCGGCCCCUGAUGGACGAGGCUGUCCGUCCGCUGACUGGGGGCCCGCUGCUGCUCAAGAGGGGAGCCUUACUGACCCGAAUCGUGGUGGACAGCGUGCUGGCUCUGGACGGGGACACUUACAACGUCAUGUUUAUCGGAACUGAAAACGGCUACAUUCAGAAGGCCGUCAACUUUGACGGAGAGAUGUUCAUCAUCGAGCAGAUUCAGGUCUAUGAAAACCCAGAGGCCAUCAAGGUCUUACGCCUCUCAUCAAGCAAGGGUCAACUCUACGCUGGUUCUGAAUCUGGUGUCGUCCAGAUGCCGGUCAGUAACUGCAGCCGGUACCAGUCUUGCGAGGACUGCAUCCUGUCCAGGGAUCCUUACUGUGCCUGGGACUCGUCCGCUGAGCGGUGCUCCUCUGUCUCCGGUCUGUCUGCGUCUCCCGAAGCUGCAGUCCAGAGUCUGAAGGAGGGCAACGUGUCACAGUGUCCCCCACCAGAUCCAGUGCCAGCUGUGGACGUUGCUCUAAUUCCAGGGAACAACAUCCAGCUGCCUUGCCAGCGUCACUCCAACCUGGCGGAGGUCCACUGGAGGUUCUCUGACCUCCCUGUUUUAUCUACACACAAAUACUACAUCUACAGCGACGGCCUCCUCAUCCUGAACACGACCGCGUCGGACGCAGGCUUAUAUUUCUGUGACUCUGUAGAGCAGAUCAACAGCAGGAUGUACAACAGGACUGUGGCCGUUUAUCAUUUACAAAUCUCCUCUGAGCCAGUCAGCCCCACUCCCGGCAUAGCAGCCACAAAAUACUUCAUUCAAACUCUGAAAACGGCUGCAACUGGGUCACAGCCGGACCUGGAGAGCGAGGACCAUCUGACGCCUGAGAAUCAAAGCGACUCUGGGAGAAUGAGUCGCCUGGAGGUGGCUGUGGCUCUGCUGUCGCUGCUCUGCCUCUCUCUCGUCGUCGUCAUAUUGUGGUUCUGGAAGCGAGGGCGCUGGACGUGCUUCGGGUUGGCGCAGCGGUCUAAAGGCGGCGAGGGGAAGCGGCCGUCGUCGUUGGACUACACGCACAAUCAGAACAGAAACUCUGAGAUUAAGCUCCUGGGGGCGGAGGCCAGACCCUGCACCGCCAACAACAAUCACACCACUGUGGACUUCAAAAAGAACGGGGAGUACCACUUCCCACCCCUGGCCAACAUUUCAAAUCUGAACGGUCUGGGUUACAUCCAUGACGAGUCGGAGAUUUGACUCUGCUGAGGCUCGCGCUUCCGUCCUAGUUCUGCAUCGGUGCGAUAAUAACAAACUUGCAAUAUGUUGUUCAGGUACGUCUCAAUAAAUUGAAAUUCAAACAAGAAGCUCAUUUAUUUCAGUAAUUCAGUUCAACUCUGUGUAGAGUCAUACUACACAGAGUAGUGUUUGUUUUAGUCAGUUUUGAUAAUAUAAUAAAAAUAAGGUUUUUAUUAUUUAUUAUCCAUCAAUUGUCUAAUGGUUGGGGUACUGGGCCCUGUCUCCAGUUAUCAUUGGGCAUGAGUCAGGAACUAUAAUAUAAUGGCUUUGCACAAUUGUUCCCAGGCUGUGACGAUCCCCGUUGCGUUUCCUACAACACUUUUUCCUUCCACUCAAUUUUCCAUUAAUAUGCUUGAAAACAGUUUUCUGAACACUGGCUUUUAGUGGCUUACCUUCAAUCAAUGACUGACUCCUGAAUAAAUGUCAAAUCAGCAGCAUCUCCCAUGCUUGUAGAGGCCACAGCAUGAUCUUAAAAUAUUUUUUUCAUCAGUUAUUACUAUUACAAAUGUCUUAUUAUCCCUAAAUUACAAAAUAGGUAAUUGUACAUGCAUACUGUCCCUUUCUGAACCGAACUACUGAAAUAGAUUAACUUGCCAAAGAUCUUCCAGUUUAUUGAGAUAUGCCUUUAGGUGGUAAAUGGGUUCCUGUUUCUGUCCUGGGUGAUUUCCAAUGUCUUUUCAGGCAGCUGAUAAUCACUAAAAAGACAUUUAUCUUGAUAAAUACCCACUCCAGAAAUGUUUUUUACAGUCAUAUUUUUGUACAAUCCCAAUCUGUGAAUACAAUCUGUGUAAUAUUUCUGUACAGUCAAGCUUGUUAUUUUUAUUUUUGUGACUAUUUAUUGGAGGAAAUUUCCAUUUUCUAUUUUUAUCCUCUCUAAUCUUUGAAAUGAACAUCUUGGUGACCGAUCUCCAAGCCCAAUUCAUUUCAUGGAUCCAGCUGUAUAAAAUCAACAGGGGUAAUUUUUUCAUUGCUCUAUGGUUGAAUUAAUCUUCCUGCCUCUACUUUUUCAUCACUCAUUCAGUAAAAAAAAAGCCAUAUGUAAUUAACUACUUCUUAACAAAAUUCACCAUUUUGUUUUGGUCAUUACAUUCCCUUCCAGUAGGAAGGCUUGUUCCUUGUUCCUUUCGGUGGGGUUCACACAUCUUUACUUCAAAUUGUACAUUUGUGUUAAUCUGAAAAAGACAACGCUGUUGCAGGAAUGUAGAGGUGUGGGUGUCAAUUUCUGCAGGCAUAUCAAUUGUGCGGUUCAGCAUAUGUAUAAAAUAAAAAAAUAAGGGUAAUGGGGAGUAAUGGAAACACUGCCUUGUAAAAAUGAAUACGGAAAUAAAUGUUUUGAUUUCCUUUUUCUUACA